AUGAAGGAGACAGGCACAGAUGCGAAGGCAGAGAUGUCUUCAGUCCUUGCCUGUUUGCUGUUUUUCCUGGCAGGCUGCUUGGGAUGCCAACACCACACCUGUCGAUGCAUGGGAAGGGUCUUCAUUUGUGAGGAAAGCAAGGUGGUCCAUGUUCCCCGGGACAUCCCUACCAACACCACUGAACUGAGAUUUGUCCUCACCAAGAUGAGAGUCGUUCCAAAAGGAGCUUUUGCAGGACUUCUUGACCUAGAGAAAAUAGAGAUCUCACAGAAUGAUGCCUUGGAGGUCAUAGAAGCAAAUGCGUUUUCCAACCUUCCCAAACUACAUGAAAUAAGAAUUGAGAAAGCCAACAACCUUGUGUACAUUGAUGCAGAUGCCUUCCAACACCUUCCAAGCCUCAGAUAUUUGUUAAUAUCAAACACUGGCCUUCGGUUUUUACCUGCUGUCCAUAAGGUUCAGUCUUUCCAGAAAGUUUUGCUAGAUAUUCAAGACAAUAUCAAUAUACGAGUAAUUGAAAGAAACUCAUUCAUGGGCCUGAGUUCUGAAAGCGUGAUUCUAUGGCUAAAUAAAAAUGGAAUUCGGGAAAUUGAGAAUCAUGCAUUUAAUGGAACAUAUCUGGAUGAGCUAAAUCUAAGUGAUAAUCACAACUUAGAAAAAUUGCCAAAUGAGGUCUUCCAGGGAGCGAAUGGACCUGUUGUUUUGGAUAUUUCAAGCACGAAAAUCAGUUUCCUGCCAAGUCAUGGAUUAGAACUCAUUAAGACGCUAAGAGCAAGAUCUACACACAAUUUAAAAAAGCUUCCUGAUCUAAGCAAAUUUAGAUCUUUGAUUGAAGCAAACUUCACGUAUCCUAGCCAUUGCUGUGCAUUUACAAACUGGAAAAGACAAAACACCGAAUUACAUCCGAUAUGUAUCAUGUCUCAGGCCAAGAAAGACCUUAAGGAGCAGCCUGGCGAAAAGCUACAGAUACAAUCGGCAGCUGAAGAUUAUAUUUCAAGCUAUGGCAUAGGAUUUGAUCCAGCAGAGCAUGACUUUGACUACGGUUUAUGCAACGAAAUAGUUAAUGUAGCUUGCUCACCAAAACCUGAUGCUUUCAAUCCAUGUGAAGAUAUCAUGGGAUACAACAUUCUAAGAGUCCUGAUAUGGUUUAUCAGCAUUUUAGCUAUCACUGGGAACAUUGUUGUCCUCAUUAUUUUAAUAAGCAGCCAAUACAAGCUCACUGUACCUCGCUUCCUGAUGUGCAAUCUUGCAUUUGCAGACCUGUGCAUAGGCAUCUAUCUGUUGUUUAUUGCAUCUGUGGAUAUCCAGACCAAAAGCCAGUAUUACAACUACGCCAUAGACUGGCAAACUGGGGCAGGAUGCAAUACUGCAGGAUUUUUCACAGUGUUUGCAAGUGAACUCUCUGUUUACACACUGACUGUGAUCACCCUGGAGAGGUGGCACACCAUCACCUAUGCCAUGCAGCUGCACCGCAAGGUUCGAUUGCGUCACGCUGUGAUUAUAAUGGUCUUUGGCUGGCUGUUUGCUUUCACAGUAGCACUUCUUCCGAUAUUUGGAGUCAGCAGCUACAUGAAGGUCAGCAUCUGUUUGCCCAUGGAUAUAGAAACACCAUUUUCUCAGGCUUAUGUUGUAUGUCUUUUAGUGUUGAAUGUGCUCGCAUUUGUGAUUAUAUGCGUGUGCUACAUCUGCAUCUACUCCACUGUGAGGAACCCCAAUGUGAUCUCUUCCAACAGUGACACCAAGAUUGCCAAGCGCAUGGCCAUACUAAUCUUCACAGACUUCCUCUGCAUGGCACCCAUAUCCUUUUUUGCAAUAUCAGCCUCACUCAAGGUUCCUCUCAUCACAGUGUCCAAAUCCAAGAUCCUUCUGGUUUUGUUUUACCCCAUCAACUCCUGUGCUAAUCCUUUCCUCUACGCCAUUUUCACCAAGACUUUCCGCAGGGAUUUCUUCAUUCUGUUGAGCAAGUUUGGUUGCUGUGAAAUGCAAGCCCAGAUUUACAGAACAGAGACCUCCUCAUCUGCUCCUAAUUUCCACACAAGAAACAGUCAUUGCCCUCCUGCAUCAAAAAACAGUGAUGGCCCUAUUUAUUCAUUGGUUCCUCUGAAUCACUUGAACUGAAACACUUGCAUGUAUUUGUGUCUGAGGCAGUGUGAUAAUCACGUCCAACAGUGCUUUUGAAUAAUGACUUCAGCAUAGCAUGUAAAUUUAGGUUUAAUGAGGAAAGAAACAAUUAAUUCCACUUUGCUAUUUUUGUUCAGUGAACAACCAUCAGAGAUGGUACAUCAUCUUCAUCAGCUCUUGAAGACCAAAGUGCCAAAGUCUUCUCAUAGAAUUACCUUAAGAAAGAAUUAGAUCAUAAACCAGUAUCUCCCACCAUGCAGACAGAGAUUCCCUUCAUUCUAGGAAGAUGCUGGCUGCUUAUUGAGAAUUAAGUAGUGUUUAUAUACAAUUGAAAGAAGAAAAAAUGUGUAGAAAUGAUUUCUUUUUGUGUGAAGUGUGUUAUAACAAUGACAAAUAAUUAGGCUUUUUCAUUAAUUGUACUUCCUGGGCUUGCAGGAGACAGAAGGCCUACUUAAGCCCUCCUUGAGCAGACUUACUCGGAACGAGAAUAUCCUGUCUUGUUUCCAUUUCUGUUGACCACAGCAGAGGGACAGAAGACAUCUCCAGCUAUGUUGAUGUUUUCUGUUUCACACUGCAUGGACCUGCCUUACUCUGCACAGAAGUGUCGCUUUGGGUGGGUUUUGUGUUGAUGUAGAUCGGCAGACUCAGAGAAACAUUUUUCGUCUAAGUUUGUCUCUAGAAGUUGAUUUGAUUUGGGGUUUGUUUUCAAGGUAAGAAAGCACAAGAACAAAGGCAGGAGAAACCCCUUAUAAUAAGGAGGAUGUUCUCUCAAGUUGUUCUCACGGAGUUGGGUUGAAUUCACUUUUGUGUGUCUGGGCCCCUUGGAUAUGCCAGGAUGGGCCAAUGGGCUGCCGUAAGAUGAUACAAGAGGCAGGUUUACCAUACAGUAAUAUUAGUGCAUUAACCUGCCUGGCCUGUGUAAAGGACAAUGGACCUAGGUAUGGCUUUUGAAACUCUGAAUAAAAGUAUAAAAGUUUAUGGGAAAUCCUAAUUUUUUGUAAAAUAUUUUUAGGAUUUCCCCUUCCCUUCAGAAAAAAAAAAAAAUCCUUUGUGUCCACAUCCAGAUUUCCUGAUUUUAGAGGAUUUUUUACUGAGAUCUCAAUGAAUGUACAGACUUUUUACAUGAUUUGCAUAUUAAACUUUUUGAGGGUUAAUCAUUCCAAAUUACAUCAAAGAUUUAGGGAUGGGUAGGAUUUUCUCAUGCUGAUUGUGUGGAUAUGUGUGGAUAUGUGAGCAUAAAGAAAACACCAAGAGAGGAUUCUGGGCUUCAUUUCCCCCUCACAAACAGUUCACAGUUUUGCCCCAUGAGGUUAUAAAUCUUUGGAGUCUUCAUGGUUAAAAGCGAUGUGCUUUAAAUAUUUCCUACCUACAACUCAUAAAAUUUCAGUAGCAAAUCUCGAUGCUUCUAUCCAUAAUCUCCCAUCAUCAGCUUCACAUUUCAGCAUAUGAACCUGAUGUGAAUAACUACAGGAGGUGAUUAUUCAUUCAGUCCUAGCCGGGGAAGGAACUAUCAGCUCCCCAGUGCAUAAAACAAGGGAGAUAAAAAAGAGUGUGAUUUGGGGGUUGUUUUGGGAUUACACAAGUAACACUCCAUCCAAGAUCCAGGGGAAGGAAGAAUGAAAGAGAAGAGCGGAAAGACAGUUCAUCUCUGGGAAGAUCUUCUGAUUAUUCAAAGGAAUGAUUUUUUUCACAAAUACUUUAUAUCAUAUAUAGUGCAAUGGUGUGCAGCCAUUAAAACCCAUCCUGAUAGAAAUGACUGAAUGAUGAUGUUCCAAAAAGACAGAUACUCUAGUUACACUAAAAAAAGGCUCCUGAUUCUAUUCUUGGGCCAAAAAUGAGGAGUGUUAUUUGACAAAUACUACCCCAUUUUUGUUGAUAAAUAGGGAAAAUUCUUGUAGUGCAUCACGUCACGCUUUUUUGCCUGGGCACUGUCCAUUUGCCAAGGAUGAGACCUGGUAGUUCAGGAAAGCACAGGCAUGAUAGUCUAGAAGCCAGUUUUGUAAGUAGUCUUGUCAGGCACAUGGGCUUGAUACAUCUGAUCUACUUCGUGCAAACCCAUUGCCCAGACAUUUGCAGAAUUAGGACGCAGUUAAAUAUGCUUUACAAAUUAGCAUCCCUGAAAAGAGACCUUGCAGGAUUGUAUCUUGUGUACAGAGUCAGAUCAGCACCAAAGGGACGAAGCCACCUUAGCCCACAGCUCUUCCUCCAGAGGAUGUCAGAUUUGAUACUUGAAGAGCAAAUAGAACCUGCAUAAUUGAACACCUUGCCUUGUCCCAGGCAAGAGGACAUGUCAUCCUGCCCAUGCUGCUCAGGAGCUCUGGUGGCAACUCAGGCUGUGGCAGCACCUCCAAAGAUGGGAGAUUGACCGUGCAGUUGCCAAGACAAAAACCUCCUUCUUCUAGUCCUUAGAACCCCUUGACUUUAACUUUUCUUUGGAUUUUAAUAUUCUUAAUUUUCCAGAUUUUGAGACACAUUGUGUGAC